CCCGUCUUAAGGAGCGGCGGCGACCGCUAGUCACAACGUAGCCGGCGCGAGCGCAUCCCGUGAACCGAGCGCGGUCCCAAAAUACCCGCCAACCGGGCCGCGACGCGAUGCCCUGACGUACAAACCCCAAACAAAGAAUACCAAAAUUUAACAAGACCUGGUCUUUUGGUCCAAGUGCUGUGAUAGUGUUAUGGUGCCAUGUCGCCGACGGCCAUUGGAGCGGACCUUCCGCAGUGGUGCGGGAAGACUGAGGGCUGCCCCCAGGCCUUGCUCGGAUGGCUUUAUCUAACCCACGAUCAGAAUGACCAGUGGGUGCCUGGUUCCGUGUGGGGCCCGCUACCAACAGCCUCGUCCGGGCCAGCAGCUCCACCAGCCGAUGACAACAGCUCACUAGCUGAGCAGCUCGCGGCUCUGUCACUAAGGAGACCACCACGACCACCCCCGCCGGCAUACAUGUGCCAUCUGUGCUUUAAGAAGGGGCAUUAUAUUGGUGAUUGUCCACAGGCCCGUCCUAAAGGGGAAGGAUUGACUCCAUACCAGGGCAAGAAGAGAUGCUUUGGGGAGUACAAGUGUCCCAAAUGCAAGCGCAAGUGGAUGAGCGGCAACUCAUGGGCUAACAACGGCCAGGAGUGCAUCAAGUGCAGGAUCAAUGUCUUCCCUCAUAAGCAAAGGCCGUUGGAGAAGCCAGAUGGCCUGGACGUGAGUGACCAGUCCAAGAUCCACCCACAGCAUCUGUGCCAGAAAUGUCGCUCCCUCGGCUACUACUGUCGCAGGGAAUACUAAAUAUGUGGAGUAUACCACGGUCUUUCCAAGGUCUACUCUGGAAAGACCAGUUUAAAAAAGGAAUCUAUGAAGAAAGUAUUUUUUUGACGCUGUCUCUCGUACAAUAAAUUGUUGUACUUUUUGUACUUUAAAUAUGAAUUUUCUACUACCUAUUUUAGUUAUUUUACCUACUUAGGAUUUUUAGAUUUAAGGAUUUUAUUAAUUUUAAUGGAUUAAGAUAAUGAAAUGUAUAUUUCGAAGGUUUUAUUCAAAAAAGAUUUUAUAUAACUUUUUUAUUAAAUAAGUUUUAAACGCGGUGAGUUUUUGGAUGACUUGAGUGCAGUAAUUUAGGAUUUUAUUUUAGAUUGGGAACAAAUAUAAUGACCACCAUAAAAUGCUUUGAUACCCUAAGUUUUGCAACCAGAAAUAUCUACUGAACACCAGAAAAAUAAAGUCUAAAAAUGUAAUUGUACCAGCUAUUUUAGUCACGAGUUCACUUUAAAUUGUAUUCGACCACCAAAUUUAGUAAAUGAUCACCAACUCUUGACGACCAAAUUAAUGUUGUCUGUUGCCUAAAUAAGUCACUGUGAUUGCCAUAAAAUGUAGGCUUAUUACCAAAUAAAGUAUUAUGAUGCCAUAUUAAGUUAUGUGUCCGGCUUGCAAUGCAUGCGUGAGUGUCAGUAUGACGAGUGACAGGGGAAAAUGGAAGAAAAUGUAUGAGAAAAUGACAUAUUGCGCCGACGCCAAGUAAAAUUGGGAACAGGGCAGGAGAAAAAAGAAGAAGAAUGUGUUUCUCAAUACACUCCCUCGAAAACACACUCUUAUCGCACUGUUUAGAGGCAUGCAAUAGACGAUAAAAAUGCAAUUUUUUAAGAUAAAUCACAUCUCAAGACGCGUAAAAAAAAUUUCAGAUCAAUAAUGGACAUGAUUCUUUCCACGCUAGUGCAGGAAAAGGGUCCCCAUAAUGUUAUUACAUUUAUUUUAUCAGGCCGAACUUAUUUUUUUGGAGUCAGUUUACUUAAACAGGAUAGCAAGAUGUAAAAACUUUUUUGAUGAUCAUUUACUACUUUUGGUGAUCAUUUACUACUUUUGGGAUAACAAUGAUUUAUUUGGACUCAUUUUGCUUAAAUAGGAUAGCAGAAUUUAAAAACUUUGGUUAUAAUCUUACUUUAAAAUGGUGGUUUAAUUUUGGUGAUCAUUUACUAUUUUUGGCUUACGCAUGAUUUAUUUUGGAGUAAUUUCACUUAAAUAGGAUAGCAAAGUGUUAAAACUUUGGUGAUAGUUUUACAUUAAAAUGCGAGUUUCAUUUUGGUGAUCAUUUACUAUUUUUGUGUGCUGUUUGUUACUAUAUCUGGUGAUCAGUUAAACAUAAGCCUUUUAGAUUUAGGAAUGGUUUUUAAUACCGACUCAGCUAAUAGUAAUUAAAAAAAUAAUUGAUAAUUUAUUGAAUUGAAAAUACUUAAUACCUAAUGAAAAUCUUGAUUUCAUUAUACAUAGAAUAUCUGUUUUUUUGUUUCCGUUACUUUUCGUGGGUUGUCUGAUUUGCGUGUAGAAAACCGAAUUAUUGCAGUCAAUUCAUAAAAAAAUCGCCAAUUUUAGCAUAGUUAUAUACUCCAAAUGGCAUUACAGUGACUUACAGAUAUUUAUAUGUAUAUUUAGACAUUUAAAUGUGCCCUAUUAUAGAUAUAUUACCUAUAAUACGUCAUGAAGAGAUUAUGCCAAGUUAUAUUAAAUGUUAUUAUCAUAUGUGUGUAAUUUUAACAAUGAUUUUACAAUGUAUAUUGUGGUCUAAGAACAAAACUAACCCCAACGUGUUGUUCGUUUAUAUAUUUUACUUUAGGUAUAGUAUGAGAGUUUUUAUAAAAGAGGUUUACUUACUAUCUUAUAUAGCCCCAAUUUAAAUAUAGCAGCUUAUUUUUAAAGAUCGGCGAUG